CUGAAUGAUCAAUGCACAACCAUUCCUCCAUUUCCGACCACAAUUGAGGGGAGCGAAAGAGCAAAACACCCCUAGGAUGAAGAUCAGGGUGUCAGAAGCCGUCGCACUGGCCGAAGCGGCGCUGCAAAAGAUGGGAUACAAGCCCCAUGAUGCCACGAUCACCGCACGACACCUCAUAGACAGCGAGCUCCGAGGCUUUGGCGCCGCGGGUCUUGCUCGCGUGUUGAGUAUCCGCGAUCGCCUGAGAGAGAAGGGGCUGAAGGACGAGAUCACGAAGACCCUCGAGAGUCCUUCGACGGCGCAGCUGAACGGGCACGACAGUCUAGGCUACCUGGUGGCACAGAAAGCCACGGAAAUCGCGAUCCAGAAAGCCAAACAGACUGGAGUGGCGGUCGUGGGCGCGAGUGAUACGUGGUACACGGGCAUGCUCGCCUAUUACGCCGAGCAGGCCGCCAGAGAGGACUUGGUCACCGUCAUUGCCUCCAACGCAAGCCCCUGGGUAGCACCGUCUGAUGGCUACAAGCCCAUGUUUGGCACAAACCCCUUCUGUGUCGGGUUUCCCUCCGGCACUGGCACCCCGGUCAUCUACGACGUGGGCACGUCCAAGAUCCUGCACGCCGACAUCCUUCUUGCGCAGCGCCUUGGAGAGCCGCUGCCCCCGGAUUCAGCCUACGACUCCGCUGGCCGGGUGACGAGGGACCCUAUAGAGGCACUGCAAGGCGCCAUUGCCGUGUGGGGUGGCCACCGCGGCUCGGGUCUGGCCAUCACAGUGCAGCUGCUAGGCGCUUUGGCCGGCUCGCCUGCUCUGCCGGGGAACCUGGAGGAGUUUGGGUUCUUGAUCAUUGCCAUCAAUCCGGCCAUGUUCAGGCCCAUUGACGAGUUCAAGGCCGAGAUCGACGCCUAUUCCGCCAAGCUUCGACAGAGUCCUCCUCUGCCCGGCAAGGGGCCGCUGAGAAUGCCUUACGAACGCUCAGCUGCAGUGCGAGCAAGGGCGGUAGAGAGCGGCGAAUUCGAGGUUCAGGAUGAGAUUGUGGACAUGUUGCGCCGGAUGAUCAAUUCAGAGGGGCCACGGGCAUCGAUUUGAAUACAGCCACUCGGGCAUCGAGGAGAUGACGUAGCUGGCAGCCUUGAAUAUGCCUAUCAAAGGAAGAAUAGCACGUGUUUAUAGGAGGAUGUGGGUAGCAUAAGCUGCGUACUCGGUAGAGGGAUGGGGACAAUGAGGCCUCCUGGAACGGGUUUCAUUGCUUAGCUCAGAUCUGAAAUGACCGAUCAGCAACCGCCGUGACAAAUAUAC